AAUCGGUGCUUCGUCUACGACGGGGCGCGUUUGAACAUUAUAAUACAUGUAUGUUUGUUUUCCAUGGUUUCAUAACGCCGUUUUUUAGUGUAAUUUAGGUGACGUCCUGUUUACGUGAAGAUUGACAGCCGUCCUAGCAGAGAAGAAGGUACAGCGGAAGAUUCCCAUUUGGACCAUUUUUUUUCUUUUAUUUGAUGCUAUUUCUCAACAAGGUGCUCCGGCAGCUGCCCUGGAGGACCCAAGUGCUCAUUUACCCGCCUGGUCCGAUCUAAAGUAGAGCCAUGCAGGCGCCGCCAUUGUUUCUGCUGCUUCUCGCCGCUCUUCCAUCUCUUGUGGUGCCCAUACAUAAUUCAUCAGCCAAAGGCUGCGCCAUCAUCCGGCCUCCGAGAGAUGGAGGGAUUCGAUACAGAGGCCUGACGCAAGAGCAGAUCCGCAGCGUGGAUUUCCUGCCAGUGGAUUAUGAGAUCGAGUACAUCUGCAGGGGAAACCGGGUGAUUGUGGGACCCAAAGUCAGGAAGUGUUUGCCCAACCGCACGUGGACGGAUAUCUCGCAGCACAGCAGAUGUUUGUUGCUGUGUCCUCGCGUGUGGACGUCUUUGGAGAACGGUCAGGUGACGGCGAAGCCGCCAGGGCAGCCGGUGGAGGGCACGGUGCUGCAUUACAGGUGUCAUGGCGGCUUCAUCCUGGAGGGCAGGAACGUCAGCCAUUGUACCAAACUGGGGAAGUGGGAUGCUCCCAAACCCAUCUGCCUCUAUGACAAAAACGACACAGGCAAGAAGAAGCUGUACAUCGGCGCUCUGUUCCCCAUGAGCGGAGGCUGGCCGGGCGGACAGGCGUGCAUGCCCUCCGCGCAGAUGGCUCUGGACGUGGUCAACAACCGGAGCGACAUCCUACCGGACUACGAGCUGGAGCUCAUCCACUACGACAGCAUGUGCGACCCAGGAGAAGCCACCAAGUUGCUGUACGACCUUCUCUACACGGAGCCCAUCAAGAUCGUACUGAUGCCAGGAUGCAGCGGCGUCUCCACGCUGGUGGCAGAAGCGGCUCGAAUGUGGAACCUCAUCGUGCUCUCGUAUGGCUCCAGCUCACCGGCUUUGUCCAACCGCCAGCGCUUCCCCACCUUCUUCCGCACGCACCCGUCAGCCACGCUGCACAACCCCACCAGGGUGCAGCUAUUCCAGAAGUGGAAGUGGACUCGCAUCGCCACCAUCCAGCAGACCACCGAAGUCUUCACCUCGACUCUGGACGACCUGGAGCAGAGAGUCAAGGAGGCUGGCAUCGAAAUCAGCGUCCGCCAAAGCUUCCUCACCGACCCGGCUGUGGCUGUCAAAAACCUCAAGCGACAGGAUGCGAGGAUCAUCGUGGGGCUGUUCUACGAGACAGAAGCCAGGAAGGUGUUUUGCGAGGUGUUCAAAGAGAAGCUCUACGGGAAGAAGUACGUGUGGUUCCUCAUCGGCUGGUACGCCGACAACUGGUUCAAGAUCAAGGACCCGGCCAUCAACUGCACAGUGGAGAACAUGACGGAGGCCGUGGAGGGUCAUGUGACCACAGAGAUUGUCAUGCUCAACCCUGAGACCGUCAGAGGUGUCUCCAACAUGACAUCACAAGAGUUUCUGGCUGCCUUGAUGUCUCGUCUGGGAGGAAUGAAUCCCGAAGAGACGGGCGGCUUCCAGGAGGCCCCCUUGGCCUACGACGCAGUCUGGGCCCUGGCACUGGCCCUCAAUAAGACGGUGGCGCCGCUCAAGGCAAAAGGUCGGCGGCUGGAGGACUUCAACUACAACAACCACGACAUCACGUCCGAGAUCUACCGUGCUCUCAACACCAGCUCCUUCGAGGGGGUUUCGGGUCAGGUGGUGUUUGACGCUCAGGGUUCCAGGAUGGCAAUGACCCUCAUUGAACAACUUCAAGGGGGCAGUUACAAGAAGAUCGGCUACUAUGACAGCUCUCAGAAGAACCUCUCCUGGUUUGGCAACGACGUCUGGAUCGGGGCGGGGCCACCAGCGGACCGGACCGUGGUGAAAGAACAGUACCGCUUCUUGUCGCAGAAGCUGUUUGCCGCUGUGUCGGUAUUCGCCGGCCUGGGCAUCCUGCUGGGCAUCGUGUGUCUGACCUUCAACAUCUACAACGGCAACGUGCGCUACAUCCAGAACUCCCAGCCCUACCUGAACAACAUGACGGCAGCGGGCUGCAUGAUGGCGCUUGCUGCCGUCUUCCCGCUCGGCAUCGACGGCCACCACGUACACCGCUCGCAGUUCCCCGUUGUCUGCCAGUUCCGCCUGUGGCUCCUCGGCCUGGGAUUCAGCCUGGCCUACGGCAGCAUGUUCACUAAGAUCUGGUGGGUCCACACGCUCUUCACCAAGAAGGACGAGAAGAAAGAGAAGAAAAAGCAGCAUUUGGAGCCGUGGAAACUGUACGCAACUGUGGGAGUGCUGCUGGCCGUAGACUUCCUGUCACUCGUUAUCUGGCAAAUUGUGGACCCACUGCACAUCACUGUGGAGAAGUUCACCAGGGAGGCCCCCAAAGUGGACUCUGACGUGCUGAUCCAGCCGUUGUUGGAGCACUGCAGCUCAGAGAAGAUGAACACAUGGCUUGGUGUGGUUUACGGCUAUAAGGGUCUGCUGCUGCUGCUUGGCAUCUUUUUGGCCUACGAGACCAAGUCUGUCUCUACGGAGAAGAUCAACGACCACCGGGCGGUGGGGAUGGCCAUUUACAAUGUGGCCGUCUUGUGUCUGAUCACGGCUCCGGUGACCAUGAUCCUGUCUUCGCAGCAGGACGCCUCCUUCGCAUUCGCCGCCCUGGCUAUCGUCUUCUCCGCUUACAUCACUCUGGUGGUGCUCUUUGUGCCAAAGAUGCGGCGCCUCAUCACGCGUGGCGAGUGGCAGUCGGAGCAGCAGGACACGCUGAAGACGGGCUCGUCCACCAACAACAACGAUGAGGAGAAGUCUCGGCAGCUGGAACGGGAGAACAGGGAGCUGCAGAAGAUCAUCCAGGAGAAAGAGGAGAGGGUGUCAGCACUCCGCAACCAGCUCGCCGAGAGACAAGCUCUCCGUAGCCGCCGCCGACCCUCCGUGGGUCAGAACCAGAACCACAACGCGCCGCCACCGUCCCAGACGGACCCCAAGUCUCUGCUUCCUCCGCCGGGCUACCCGAGCGCGGACAAUCACCCUCUGCCGCCUUCCUUCUCCAACUCGUCCAACUUGUACCCGGCCGAGAGCAAAAUGAGCCGCAACCACUGUCACAACAGCCAGAUCCCGCUCCUGUACAAGUAGGCGGGGCCUAAAAAGGAGUUAAGGCGGGGGGAAGGGGGGAGCUUUGUCACGGAACGCGAGACACCCCCGGAUACUGUGACUUUUACGUUGUUCCGCCACACCACUUGGCGGCACACCGGCUGCCCCUUCGCCUGCACCCCUUCACAGCCGCCUUGAGUGGUCGCCACGGCAACAAGCACAUCUCAGACUCGCAGCACAGGAGCCCCCCCCCAUCGAUGUUAUCCUCCUCCCUGACCCUUUUUUGUGGAGGCAUCACGUGUGCUGGAGCGUCUCUCCAGUGGUAUACACACACACACACACACACACACACACAUUGGUGUUCUCUGUGGUCCUGUAGUCCUAAUUUGGUCAGUUCUGUGUUCACGCGGCCGCAGGAGGUGAAAUAGCCAUAAGACUCGAGGCAGAACGAGGAGCACAUGUCCGAAUACAAAUCAAAGACGAACAUUUUCAUAGCAGACAAUGACAUUUUCCUGCAUGCCUACUUGUGUAAAUAAACACUGAAAGCACAGGUUUUUAUUUAAUUCAGCAGAUGAUCCACAUCCUAAUUGUUUCUUUUAAUACUUUUAAUCAGACAAUCUACUUUUUGCUUUCCUUUAACAGCCAGGGAACCACUUGUCUAUCGUUUCAGUGUGCACUGUAUGAGUCCACGUUUGCUUGUGGUUGUUGUUAUGAUCUAUGUUAGCUCAGGGCGCGGGGAAACUAAACGAAUGGAAAAGGCCAUACUUAUUCUACUCAUGAAGACACGCGGUUGUCAGUGUAACAUAUGAAUGCAGAACCACGCCAGAAAACUUGCACACGCAAGCGUAAUAUAUUACCUAGGAUCAUAAAUGUUAAUAUAUUUCAGAGUAUGUGUAUGCAAAAUAUGUGAGUACCAUAAAAUUAUUGUUUCUA